AUGUGCAUUUGUCUCCUGAAUUUAUGGACCAAGUUUCGUGUCAAGAUCCGAGUUUUGGAACAAGAUGGAUUUUAUCUUCGCUGCCAUGUCUACAUCGAAUAUCAGAUCAUGAAGAAUGGUCGCCCACAUCCAGCACCUUUCGUUAGGCUGCCUUACAUUGGUCCAUUUAACAACUGGGCAGAGACAGCAUGUCUUGGUCUCCGCGCGACUUGGAAAACUACCACAGGAACAUGGAGAAGCAUGUGGCUCUAG